GUUGGCUGUGUCUGUUGUCAGCUUUCUGUUAAAUGCCUAGGCUCCUUCAACUGUCUGAUUCUUCCCCGCUCGACAGGUCAAUCUAGACAACUCAUUGUUAGCUCAACAUUUCUCUUCACUUCCGUCGACACUUUCGAACUAUUCAAUAUGGUUACUGCCGAUCACAUUCGUGCCAUCUUUGAGCCCAUCGCUCGGGGUGAUAUGGCAUCGUUCUGGCCUCACGUUGAGCCCGAUGUGGACUGGACCGUCAAGGGCGCUCACUGUAAGAUCUCUGGACAUUACAAAUCUGUUGCGGAGUUCCAACAGGGCACGAGGCCUCUGUCCUCGACAUGGGCUGGACCGUUGCACUUGGUUGUUCAAAACAUUAUCGUUGAUGGUAACCAAGCCGCGGUUGAGCUCAAGGCUGUGGACACGACAACCAAGAGCGGAGAUCCGUUCCCCAACGAGUACACUUGGGUCCUUAGUUUCAAUGACAAUGGCAAGAUUGCUACUGUUCGAGCUUACAUGGAUACCGACCUUGUCACACGUGUUAUUGAAAAGAACUCGUAG